AUGGACGACGAUUAUGUUGCACAGCUCCUGGCCAAGGAGGCUAAGGAGAGUUCUAUAAAGUACGCGUCCCAAGGACUAAGUGCCUUUAUGCCUUCAAGACCGACAAACAAUGCCCCAAAACCCAAUACUCGCUUCCUACGAAAUCUCAUCAAAGUAACAGACAAUCAUAACACAGCUCUGAAGCUCAAAGAGGAAAGAGAAGCACGGGAGCUGCUUUGGCUCCAACGUCGACACACCUUUCUUCCAAACGAUCUGAUGAUCGUGAAGUGCGAGGAUCAAGAGACCACCGGAGAGGAGAUCGGGAAGAUCGCAAUCGCUCGCAUCGAAAAAGAACUCGAAGUCGCUCCCCUUCGGCGGAACGAGACCGGUCGCGGAGGCAUCGACGAACAAACGAAAAAUAUGACGGAACUGGAGAAAAAGACAAAGACCAUGAACAUCGGCGUGAGCACCGGGACUACCAAUCAUCUAGGAGAGAUCGACGGCACAGAGAUAAGGAACACACCAGGCGGCGACGUGAUCGGUCAUAUUCGAGGUCUCCCAGCCGUUCUCCGCAAAGGGACCGAACGGGAAGAUGCAUCGCCACAUGGGUCCCGCCGUUCGCACCUUGAACCCAGCACGCGGCAUAGACGAGCGUCGCCGUUUUCUACUAUAACUGCACGGCAAAAAGAGACGGGCAACGAAUCCGAUCCUCUAGAAGACCUUGUCGGGCCACUCCCUCCCCGACAAAACGAGGCACCUAUCCGUUCCCGUGGGCGGGGGGCCUAUAAACACAAUAUGAGCAAUAUUGAUGCUCACUUUGCACCCGGGUACGACCCGGCUACCGAUGUGCAUCUAGAAGAAGACAAAUUACACUCCCUGGGCCAGGAACCCUCUCGUCGUCCUGUCGCGGGGCUCAUGACAAAAGAUGAUGACUGGGACAUGGCAAUGGAGGCGCUGCGUGAUCGUGAGCGCUGGAGGAAUAAGGGCGAGGAGAGGCUACGUACAGCCGGAAUUGACGAGGCAUCCAUUGAUAGAUGGAAGAAUAACACCGCUUUUGCAAGUGUGGACCGAGAAGGCAAACUGGAGGACGUACAGUGGUCGAAGAAAGGCGAAGGACGGGAAUGGGAUCGCGGCAAGUUUGUCGACGACGAUGGCCAUAUUGACAUUCGGGCUGCUUGGUAG